AUGUUAAAUAAAAAGGAGGUUUUAAUGGUGUUUUUGUGUGUACAGUGUGUUUAUACAGCGUUCGUCAGGUACACCCCUAUUGUAAAAGUUGCUGAAGGAAGGUUGAGGGGUAUUCGUGACCUCAACAGACAGAACCAGUAUUUCGGGAUACCUUACAGCAUCAGCGAGAGAUUUCAACCACCUAAACCACCUAGGAAAUGGAGCGGGUUGUUCGAAGCAGUGCAACGGUUCUCAUCUUGUCCACAAAAUGUUGCCAUUUUCAACUUUGGCACAGAAGACUGCCUAAAGCUCGACGUCUACACUCCAGAACAUGCCUCAAUAGGCCAAAAACUUCCUGUUCUAGUCUUCUUCCACGGCGGAGCCUACUAUUACGAUAAUACAUUACCAGACAGACUGCCAUCGACAUUUUCUUGGUGUUCUGAGAAAGAUAAAAGAAGAAUAGCUGAUAAAAUUCGUUCGCACUAUUUCGGGACACAAAGGAUAAAUAGCGGAGCGUGUACAAAAGAACUGAUCAAUUUGUAUUCGGAUUGGAUAGCUUACGCAUCAAUAGAUGCGUACUCGAGGCUAAUGGCCAAAUAUUCGGAUAAACCGAUAUACAACUAUAUGUUCUCGUACGAAGGCAAUAGAAAUUUUGCUAGUUUUUUGUUAAACAGUUUUGGGAUCCCUGGAACCACUCAUUCGGAUGAUAUAUUUUACCUGUUUAAGCCUGGUGGGAUCACUUUUAAUGAUAACAAUUUGGAUAAGCUGAUGAUAGAGAUGUUCACCACAAUGAUUACCAACUUCAUGAAAUUUGGGGACCCUACACCGACAGAAUCGAAGCUUAUCCCCAUGCGUUGGCCACCGAUCACCGCGAACUGGACGCAGGUGAUGAAUAUAGACCACCCAAUGUCCGUCAUCGAUACCCCUGACAGAUACAGAGGGGGUUUCUUCUUGGAACUCCUGUGUGAAUUUGGCCUAAAAGGCUAUGUGCCUUGUGAGAGUGCCAUGCAUUGUAAUUUAGACGAGUAA